CUCAACGAAUAACAUUUUCUCUGUGUGCUGAAAGCAGCUUUCCUUCCAGGAUGUGGUUCCUAACCAUCGCAGCCGUGGCAUGUCUGUUCCCACCUGCCUCCCACGCUGGGGUAAAGGAUCUGAGCCUUCACUUCAGCCAGACCGAUCACAGCCCCCCGCCGUCGGCGGGGCCUCGGGGCUCCCAGCCGGGCGGGGCCGGGGACGUGGAGAAGAUCCCGACCGAUUUCCACAAAGAGAACACGGUGACGAACGACCUCCCGUUCGACGGGGGCUUCGAGGAGGAGGACUACAUCGAUUUCGACAAGCUGCUGGGGCUGGACGACACCGACUACGACGCCAUCGACGAAAUCGACACCCCGGCUCCCGGCGGGGACGUCGUCACCGAGCCCACUGACCCCCAGGUGAGGAGAGCCAACCUAUACCGCCUCUUCCACGGACAGACCCGAAUCCAGAGGCUCAGCACCGCCAACGCCGACUUCGGCUUCAGCCUCUACAGGAGCCUGAGGAAUGCCGCCAACCAGACGGACAACAUCCUGUUCGCGCCCGCUGGCGUCUCCAUCGCCAUGGGCAUGAUAGACCUGGGAACCAAGCAGCACACCCACGAGCAGCUCUUCUCCGUGCUGGGCUUCCAGGACCUCGUCAACGCCAGCUCUAAGUACGAGGACAGCACCGUGCACAAGCUCUUCCGGAAGCUCACCCACCGCCUCUUCAGGCGCAACUUCGGCUACACCCUGCGGUCCGUCAACGACCUGUACGUGGAGAGGGGCCGCAGCAUCACGGACGCCUUCCGGGCCACCGUGAAGGAGUACUACUUCGCCGAGCCCCAGUCGGUGGACUUCAGGGACCCGGCGUUCCUCCUCAAGGCGAAUCAGCGCAUUUCAAAGCUGACCAAAGGCCUCAUUAAAGAGGGGCUGAAGAACGUCAACCCUGACACGGUGCUGAUGCUUCUCAAUUAUCUGUACUUCAAAGGGACGUGGGAAAACAAAUUCCCAGCAAAGCAGACCAGCUAUCGCAGUUUCCGCCUGAGCGAGAGGGAAACCGUCCGCGUGCCCAUGAUGCAGACCAAGGGGAACUUCCUGGCUGCUGCUGACCACGAGCUGGACUGCGACAUCUUGCAGAUGUCCUACGUGGGCAACAUAAGCAUGCUGGUGGCCAUCCCCAGGAAGCUGUCUGGGAUGAGGAACCUGGAGACACAGAUCUCGCCAGCUGUGGUCAACAGAUGGAUCAACAGCAUGACCAACAGAACCCGAGAAGUUGUCUUCCCCAAAUUCAAGCUGGAAAGGAACUACAACUUGAUUGGACACCUGAAGGAGAUGGGGCUUACGGACCUGUUUAACGUGACCGCAGACUUCUCUGGCAUGACAGAUGAGAAAAUAGCCAUUGAUAUGUUCAAGCACCAGGCUACGAUCACGGUGAACGAGGAAGGCACGGAGGCGGCUGCCGUGACCACAGUGGGCUUCAUGCCCCUGUCGGCCCAGAUCCGCUUCAUCGUGGACCGGCCCUUCCUCUUCCUCAUCUACGAGCACCGCACCAGCUGCCUGCUCUUCAUGGGCCGCGUCGUCAACCCCAACAACAACUAAAACCCAAGGGCCCCAGGGAGCUGUGGUUUGCCUUCACACAAGAAGACAGAAUAAGAAACGUUGCCAGCUUAUAUCGUCUCCAUCUUAAGCUACUGAUGGCAAAAUAAAUUACAGCAGCCUAGUGGCUGAUAAGACCAAGAAACGUUGGUACUAAAACAUUAAAUAUAAAUGGUAUGUUAGCCGAUUCAGUAUUGUGCUUUCGUUUUCUCACUUUGUGACAGAAUCUUUCCCAUGUGGAACAGGGUUAUGAUAACAAAAUCAGAUAAAUGGAGGUUUACAAUAAAAACAUUGGCUCUAAUUGCAAAUCUUUAAAAAAAAAAUGCAGUUUUCCGUAGGAUACUCCUACAAUUCAUUUUCAUACUAAGAGGUUUCUAAACAGUUUGAAUUCCUUUAAAAAAAUCCCUUUGUAUGGGAGCAAAUAUUAAGAAAUAUAAAAAAGGUUACCAACAAGAGGGGGAAAUUUGGGCCAUCUAACACAUUUGAAUGCUAGCAGCAAUUUAAUCUCAGGAGGUCAUCCAGUAGUUUCUUGACAGAAGUCAAGGUAUUGAUUUCAAGAACAAUGGCUGGGUAGCUUCAAUUCUGCAUACAUUACUGCGCAGUUAGUCAGCAUUUCUGAAUAAGGUUAAUAAUUUAGGCAAUGCUGUUCAAAGAGUUGGAUAACAGCAUCCAAGGAUGGCUAUCACAGUGCCAGCUCUGCAACACAUAAGAGUCAUCACACAGCGGCACAGAGCAGCAAGCAUCAGAUCAUCAAUAAGGAUAGAGUGCUACAGGCUUAUUUCCUGUUGCCUAGAGCAGUUUGACACAUUUUAAUUGGAAAUCCAUUUCUGAAUACAUCAAUGAAGCAUCUGGAUUAAUUAGUGUCCUUAAAAAUUAAUUUCAUUUUACCAAUACAAUUUUCGGUUCUUAAUACCAUUUAGACAAUUCUCCUUCUACAAAAGCAUUAUUUCCAGCAGCUCAUUUCCCCAGUACACAUUCAUUUCUCUUGUUUUGCUAGUGGCAAACAGCUUGUGAUUAUCCUGACAGCUCUCUGUUUUGUACAAGUAUGCGCUGUACAAAUUGUGAAGUACGAUGCCAAUGUCUGAAAACUGCCCCAUUAAAGAUAUUACAUAAAAUGA